GGAGCUAUGCCUGUCCCCGACCAGCCUUCGUCAGCCUCAGAGAAGACCAGCUCCCUGAGCCCUGGCCUCACCACCUCCAAUGGGGAUGGCUCUGAAACAGAAACCACCUCUGCUAUUCUCGCCUCGGUCAAAGAACAGGAAUUACAGUUUGAAAGACUGACUCGAGAGCUGGAGGCAGAACGCCAAAUCGUAGCCAGCCAGCUGGAGCGAUGCAAGCUGGGGUCGGAGACGGGCAGCAUGAGCAGCAUCAGUUCAGCAGAAGAACAGUUUCACUGGCAAUCGCAAGAUGGUCAAAAAGAUAUCGAAGAUGAACUCACGACAGGUCUUGAGCUGGUGGACUCCUGCAUUAGAUCACUGCAAGAAUCAGGAAUACUUGACCCACAGGGUUAUUCAACGAGUGAAAGGCCCAGUCUGCUCUCCCAGAGUGCACUUCAGCUCAAUUCCAAACCUGAAGGGUCCUUCCAGUAUCCGGCGAGCUACCAUAGCAACCAGACCCUGGCCCUGAGUGAGACAGCCCCAUCGCAGCUCCCCGCCCGCAGCACACAAGCCCGAGGUGCCAGCCAGAGUUUCAGCCAGCCGGGUCCCGGGCCUCGUACAGCAGCCAGCACGGCCACCUGGGCCCCGAGCUGCGGGCUCUGCAGUCGCCCGAGCACCACAUAGACCCCAUCUAUGAAGACCGCGUCUACCAGAAGCCUCCUAUGAGGAGUCUCAGCCAGAGCCAGGGGGACCCUCUGCCGCCAGCACUCACCGGCACCUACCGCACGAGCACAGCCCCAUCUUCCCCUGGUGUCGACUCCGUCCCCUUGCAGCGCACCGGCAGCCAGCACGGCCCCCAGAAUGCCACCGCCGCCGCCACCUUCCAGAGGGCCAGCUAUGCCGCCGGCCCCGCCUCCAGCUACGCGGACCCCUACCGACAGCUACAGUACUGUCCCUCUGUCGAGUCUCCAUACAGCAAAUCCGGCCCUACCCUCCCACCCGAAGGCACCUUGGCCAGGUCCCCAUCCAUCGACAGCAUCCAGAAAGACCCCAGAGAAUUCGGAUGGAGAGACCCAGAGCUGCCUGAAGUGAUUCAGAUGUUGCAACAUCAGUUUCCCUCCGUCCAGUCCAAUGCUGCAGCCUACUUACAGCACCUUUGCUUUGGAGACAAUAAAAUUAAAGCCGAGAUAAGGAGACAAGGAGGCAUCCAGCUCCUGGUGGACCUGCUGGACCAUCGGAUGACGGAAGUCCACCGUAGUGCCUGCGGAGCCUUGAGAAACUUGGUGUAUGGGAAAGCCAACGAUGACAACAAAAUCGCCCUGAAAAACUGCGGUGGCAUCCCAGCGCUGGUGAGGUUGCUCCGCAAGACCGCCGACCUGGAGAUCCGGGAGCUGGUCACAGGAGUCCUUUGGAACCUCUCGUCUUGCGACGCUCUCAAAAUGCCAAUCAUCCAGGACACCCUGGCGGUGUUGACCAAUGCGGUGAUAAUCCCCCACUCGGGCUGGGAAAAUUCACCCCUUCAGGACGAUCGGAAAAUACAGCUCCAUUCCUCACAGGUGCUGCGAAAUGCCACUGGAUGCCUAAGGAAUGUCAGCUCGGCCGGAGAAGAAGCCCGCAGGAGGAUGCGAGAGUGCGAGGGCCUCACCGAUGCCCUGCUCUACGUGAUCCAGUCUGCACUCGGGAGCAGCGAGAUCGAUAGCAAGACCGUUGAAAACUGUGUGUGCAUUUUAAGGAACCUGUCGUACCGGCUGGCGGCGGAGACGUCUCAGGGACAGCACGUGGGCACGGACGAGCUAGACGGGCUGCUCUGCGGGGAGGCCAACGGCAAAGACGCCGAGAGCUCCGGGUGCUGGGGAAAGAAGAAGAAGAAGAAGAAAUCGCAAGACCAGUGGGAUGGAGUAGGACCUCUUCCAGACUGUGCAGAACCACCAAAAGGGAUCCAGAUGCUGUGGCACCCAUCAAUAGUCAAACCCUACCUCACACUGCUCUCUGAGUGCUCAAAUGCAGACACGCUGGAAGGGGCGGCAGGCGCCCUGCAGAACUUGGCUGCAGGGAGCUGGAAGUGGUCAGUGUACAUCCGAGCCGCUGUCCGCAAGGAGAAGGGCCUGCCCAUCCUCGUGGAGCUGCUCCGAAUAGAUAACGACCGUGUGGUGUGCGCCGUGGCCACCGCGCUCCGCAACAUGGCCCUGGACGUCCGAAAUAAGGAACUCAUAGGCAAAUACGCCAUGCGAGACCUGGUCCACAGGCUUCCAGGAGGGAACAACAGCAACAAUACAGCGAGCAAGGCCAUGUCGGAUGACACGGUGACAGCUGUCUGCUGCACCCUGCACGAAGUGAUCACCAAGAACAUGGAGAAUGCCAAGGCCUUACGGGAUGCGGGUGGCAUUGAGAAGUUGGUUGGCAUCUCUAAAAGCAAAGGAGAUAAACACUCUCCGAAAGUGGUCAAGGCCGCCUCUCAGGUCCUCAACAGCAUGUGGCAGUACCGAGACCUGAGGAGCCUCUACAAAAAGGACGGGUGGUCCCAGUAUCACUUCGUAGCCUCGUCUUCAACCAUCGAGAGGGAUCGGCAAAGGCCCUACUCCUCCUCCCGCACGCCCUCCAUCUCCCCUGUGCGUGUGUCUCCCAACAACCGCUCAGCAAGUGCCCCAGCUUCACCUCGGGAAAUGAUCAGCCUCAAAGAGAGGAAGACAGACUACGAGUCCACUGGCAGCAAUGCCACUUACCACGGAACUAAAGGGGAACACACUUCCAGGAAAGACACCGUGACAGCUCAAAAUACUGGGAUUUCAACCUUGUAUAGGAAUUCGUAUGGUGCACCUGCUGAAGACAAACAUAACCAGGUUUCAGCACAGCCCGUCCCGCAGGAGCCCAGCAGGAAAGACUACGAGGCCUACCAGCCGUUUCAGAACUCCACGAGGAGUUAUGACGAGUCCUUCUUCGAGGACCAGGUCCACCACCGCCCUCCCGCCAGCGAGUACACCAUGCACCUGGGACUCAAGUCCACCGGCAACUACGUCGACUUCUACUCAGCCGCCCGUCCCUACAGCGAACUGAACUAUGAGACCAGCCACUAUCCCGCCUCCCCCGACUCCUGGGUGUGAGGGGCGGGCGGCACGAGGCGCCCCGGGAACAGUGCAUGUGCAUGCAUACCACGAGACAUUGCUUUUUCUUUUUCUUUUUCUUUCUUGUUUUUUUUUUUUUUCUUUUCCGCAAAUUUAGUUUGUUAAAGCCUGUUCCAUAGCAAGGCUGUGAUAACCAGUAAGGAGGUAUUAAGAGCUAUUUUAGAGAGCUGAAAGAAUCGAAAGGUAACUCGGACGUCCAUAGAAAGCUAAAGUGAUCCUAAAGGCAGCAUUGCACGGCCCCUUUCUAGUCUGAGCUGUGGAGUGUUGGAUGUGGUGUGUAUCGGACGUGGCUGGAGGAGGUGGCGUUGGUGGCGGGGCACAGAGGCAGCACAGGUCACACACUUCAGAGGGACGGCUUCUCACGCUUCGUUUACUCUCCAUCUGUUGUGAUUCUAGGCUUCAGAUCGCAUCAGGGUUCCUCUGUACAGCAAGACGUUUCUUGCCUUUUGUUAAUGCGUUGUUGUAAAGUAUUUGAUGUACAUUACAGAUUAAAGAAGAGAAGCGCGUUGUGUAUAUUACACCAAUGCCGCUGUGUUUCCUCAUCUAUGGUUCUAAAUAUUGCUUCAAUCUCAAACUUUUAAAAGAUGUACGGAUUUCCAGUUUUUUCUUUUCUUUCUCCCAGUAUGUUUUAA